AUGGUCACGACGGACGAGUCAAGACACCUUCAUGGGUUGGUUGACAUGGGCAGUAAUGGCAUCCGCUUCUCGAUCACCGAUCUGACACCAGCGACACAAAGGAUUCUGCCGACUGUGUAUCUAGAUCGGGCAGCUAUCUCACUUUACGACGCUCAGUACCAAAAUGGCCAGGUCGUGCCGAUACCAGAAGUUACGAUCGAGCAAGUCGUCAAGUCGCUGUUGCGUUUCAAGGCGACUUGUGAGGAUUUUGGCGUAUCUGAGAAGCAGAUUCGGAUUGUAGCUACGGAAGCCACCAGAAAAGCUAGCAAUUCUGAGGACUUCCAAAGUAAGAUCAAGAAUGCUACUGGUUGGACCGUUCAACUUUUGUCGAAAGAAAUGGAGGGCCGAGUUGGGGCGUUCGGUGUAGCAAGCUCAUAUCAUAGGCCGACAGGGCUUAUGAUGGACCUUGGUGGAGGCUCCACGCAGAUCAACUGGAUGGUAAGUCGUGUCGGUUACGAUGAGAUUGAUAUGUGCGAGAAAGGAAGUGCAAGCCUGCCGUACGGUGCAGCUGCCCUCACGAAAAGGCUCGAACAAGCGGGCUCUCCUGAUAGCGAUGCGUUCAAGGUAUUCGAAAGCCAAGUCCUCGCGGACCUCAAGGCUGCAGUCAAGGACAUAAAGAUACCACAGCAUCUGCUUGACCGUUCACAAUCACCCGAAGGUCUCUCACUCUAUCUAUCAGGGGGCGGCUUUCGCGGAUGGGGCUUCGUACUCAUGUCGGAGCAUGCAAUUCAACCGUAUCCCAUACCUAUUAUCAACGGUUUCCGCACAACCAAGGAUGCGUUCCAAGAUACGCAGGCUGUACAGGCGGCGGUGCAAAAAGAGGAUACGCCUGAAAUCUUCCGUGUAUCGGCCCGUAGAGCAAGUCAAGUCCCAGCAGUAGCUUUCCUGGUGAAAUGCUUGUCUAAAGCAUUGCCAAGCAUCAAGGACGUAUACUUCUGCCAAGGGGGUGUAAGGGAAGGCAUGUAUUUCACGGAGAUGAACCCAGCAAACUGGUCGGACUGGCCCCUAGUGGCUGCUACGAGAUCAUACGCCAAGCUGUCGAGUCACGAGUUUGUAGAACUUUUGCAAAGAGCCAGUAUGUCUACGCCAACAGCGUCGUAUCAAGGACUGUUCAGCAUUGGUAUGACGAGAGCGUUCGCAUAUACUAUGUUUGCACAUAUGGCCCAAGUCAAAGAUCUUCGAGCUGGAUCUGCGCUUCGAAGUACAACCACUGGGUUGUUUUCCGCCGCACAUGGUUUAAGUCACGAAGACCGCGCGAUACUUGCCAUCUUCCUCUGCGAGCGCUAUGGCGGCUACAGCUCGAUUAGUCCUACGGAGCAGGACUUCUACCUUCGGAUGCUGCAGCUCGUGCCAGAACACUUGCGAUGGUGGUGCAUGUAUACCGGUCGCGUUGCUGCAGUUCUGGCUAGCAUAUAUCCUGCGGGUACAGUCCGAGAGAAGAGGGUGGAGAUGAGUUCCCAGUGGACGACGACGAAGAAAGGCAACGAGAAGUUAUGUGUCGACUUCAAGUUUAGUAAGGAGCCAGACGAACUCGAUGAAGGGCUAAAUACGGCGUUGAGAAAGGUGGAGAAGGCGGGAAAGAAGAAGAACUGGAUAGGAGGACACGGAUACAAAGUACUUUUGACUGUCAAUGGCAAGGAAUAUAGUGAGGAGGAGUAA